AUGGAUCUAUUUUAUUCCGUGGCCUUCCCAGCCCAUGUCGAGUCGUUGAUGAAUAACUACAAUAUCCCCGGACUGGCGGUCGCCAUUAUCGGGUUGCUCGUACAUGAUGACCAGCACCCAGAAGUUCAAUACGAAGCGCCCGUGUCGAGCAUUCUGCCGGAUGAUUUUGUCCUGCUGACGGAAGAAACUACUCGUCUCAUCACAGUGGAAGAUCUCAGCCAUCGGACCGUUUCUGAUAGACACGAAUAUUUUUUUUUGAACGUGCGCGCCGCUGAACCUGACACACCCAAGUUCAUCACACGUGUCCUCCCCAUGUUGGCAAGAGUCCGCAAGGCCUACAUCUACAACAACAUGAUGUAUGCAGCGAUCUCUCACCUGAUUGAGAAGGUGACUGGCUCCAAGUUUGUCGACUUCCUCGACAGCUGCCUGUUCAAGCCCUUGGUAAUGAACUCGACUAACCUGCAGCCGUCGCGAGCUAGAGCUAGGGGGCUCGGGGAUCGCAAUGCCCUUGGGUACUACUAG